UCCAACAGCCUUGACCCAUUUGCUGCUGCAUUAGUAUUCACACUAACAGCAGCAGGAGCAGCAGCAAGAGCAAGAGCAGCAACAGCAGUGGGUGCAUUAGCGGGUACAGGAGCAGGAGAAGGAGCAGGCGCGAUAGCAAUCAAAACGACGGCAGGAACAGAAAUCUGCCUAGACAACAUGCAAGAACCCCUUCAAUCUGUGUCAGCCCAAACCACACGCUCCUUCGCAAGCUAUAUCUGCACUCUGACAAAAACGAGGCGUUCGUCGCAGAUGCUCAAUCAGACCUCCAGGACAAGUGAGGGCACGUCAGCCUCGGUAUCACCACCGAAGCUAUUAAAGACAGAGGCAAUUCCAACAAUUGCAGCACCGACAACGAUAUCCGGACCCAAUGUCGAUCUAGGCGCCGCCGUCGCGGUCUCCAAAGAUGAGCAAAGCCCAGGAAGGAAAGACGACAGGGAUAUGGUUCUGCAUGCACACGAUCUGCAGCUCGGUUUCACAUCCAGUCCUACUCCGCUAUCCCGGUCUCAUCGCGGGUCCGUCUCCUCGCCAUGUAUCCCCACACCUUCCUUAAUUAGUAACUCAGGACUGACGGUUACUCAUCCGGCACCAUCAUCACCGGCACCGCGGCGUACCCUACGAUCGAAAAGGUCGGCCAGGGCAUUUUUCAGCCGGGCGGCCGGCUUUGGACAACAAGCGAUUCCUGUCAAGAACAGCAUAGCCUCAUAUCUGGCUAAUGAGAUCCUUUCGCUCAUCUUUCGGCACCUCAUGGACCGCAAGAGUAUCGUCAACUGCAGUCUGGUUUCGGCACAUUGGCACGGUCCUGCGAGAGUUGAGCUAGCCCGGAUUACCCAGGAUAUGCCCUUCAACGGGCAGGGCCUUGUUCAUGCUAUCAGGACGCGGUUCGAGACGGACAUGUUCCCGUUCAUGUCCAUGUCGCUGUUUGAUAAGCUGAUCUGCAACCUCUCAGAAUUAUAUUAUUACUCCAAUCCAGAGACCAAGGAGGUCUUUGCACCGGCCUAUGCGCCCGAUAUGCUGUACCAUCUCUUCUGGACCUUCCUGUUCAUCGAUCAAGAGUUCCGUAAUCCUAGAUCACGGCCUAAAGUCUCCUGUAGUUACUUCGUACGGUUGCUCCAGAGUGAAGGAGGGGGAUACCCGCAAGAGUACUUUGACAAAAAAGUGUUGAAGAAUAUAUACAAUGAUAUCCGUUCGAGACCUUUGCUUCCCGCGCCUCAUCUAAUCAGAGCUGUGCAGGAAACAGACAGCUCUCACACCAACCAGCCUGCACCCGCCGCAGGGUGGAGGGGCUCCAGCUCAAAGCCCACAUUGGAUCAGCGUCAGUCCCCGUUCUUGAAGCUGGAUGAAUCGCUCAGGCGUGUUCGACGGUGGUGGAAGAAAGCGCGCGACGAAGGCGAGCCCUCUCUGGGUUUGUCAGGAGCAGCAACCGUGCAGGACGGUAAUGCAGGACAGGGCUAUAAUUCACUACCCACAAGUCAGCCCAUUCCCUUGGACUCCAAGGACUCUGCCAACCCAAGGACGAGUGGCAUCAGCCCCCAGCAUCAUACUUUAGCCCCCAGGGACACUUCGACCCUACAACCUGUGCCGCUGCUAUCAACUCCUUCAUCAUCCACACCCACUCCACAGAACACAUCCUGCCAGAUAACCCAUUUGAGCUCAGUUAUCUUCCUCCAGGGAACAGCUUCACAGAAUCGCGCCUCAUUACGCUCACAGCUCGGGACGGAAUCCGAGUUAUCGAUCCACAAAGACCAGCAUGUGCCGAGUCCAAUCAUGAACCGAGGCUUCACAACUGUGAUGCAUGGGUGGCAUCCCGAGGGCGAUGGACUCGACAACGUGAUUCGGUUUCCGAAACCGACAAGGUCGAGCACCCUGGGAAGUCAGCAUCAUAUUCUGCAAUGCUCUGAGCUCAUGCGGGAGAUGGAUCUGGACUCAUGAUUGGUGCCUCUUCAAAUCUUAUGCAUACAAUUAAAAAGCCCCCAUCUACAAUAUCCAAUGUUCUCGAACCAGGAAGUGGUGCAUCGGUAAUAAGAGCUGUGCCCCGUUGUGAUCAAAGGAGAUUGGAUUUGGGCGCAACACCUAAAAAUACGCUGCUUACUCAACGCCACUAAUUUUGAAAAAGAAAGGGCUCGGCUCA